GGUAUAUGUAUUUUGAAAGGUUUCUUUUCAUCCUUUUUACUUUUAUGAAGUCCUCGUUUUACUCUUUGUUUUCACUUUUCAUAUUCAAAGUACUAAAAUAUUUACUUUUUUUUUUUAAUGUAAGGAUAGAAUUGAAUCGAGGGUGAAUCAAAUUUAAAAGUUAUCAAUUUAAGAUAACUAAAUCAAUUUAGACAAUUUGUUAGUAUCUUGUAUCAAUUUUCACUUGAAUUCACUUUAAAAUCAAUUCAAAAUCAUUUAAACAAGAUUAUUCUUGAGAAGAACAUUGAAAAGCCUUACAUCUAUUUGAUUUUUGCAUUUUCUCUCUAAUUUAUAUUAUUAAUACUUGUAUCAUUAUUAGUUUGAAAUUUUGAUGAAGUUAAAUUGAUAUUUUGUGUUGUUUGUGUUUUUGUUGGUGUUUUGGGAGUUGAGCCAAUCCUCUUGAUCAAUAUACUAAAAAGUUAUUGAAACCUAAACCAAUACAACCAUUGAUCAUAGAGUUAUUCACCAACUCCAUUUCAGCCACUCCCACAUUUCCUUCACCCCUAAUCUGUUUCAUAUAUACUGUAUGUAUAUAUAUAAUCUCACAUAUAUAUAUCACCUUCAAACCCAUCUUUAACAUUACCAUACAACACAAAAACAAAACAAAACAAAAUAUUUAUUUCCCCUAAUUCCUUCAACUUCCUCUCAUGGAAUUUCCCAAACUUCUCCCUUUCUCAACAAAAUCUAUGCUCUGCUUUCUUCUCCUCUGCUUCCUGUGUUUAUCUGCCAACUCAGCCAGACUUCUCGACGAGCAGCCACAAGUCCCGGUUGGUACUCCGGCAGCCUCGAGUGUCGUCGGGACGCCUGUCGGUAAUCUCGGGACAGGACCUACUGCUACUACUACACCUUCAACAACUCUACCUAAUUCAGCUGGAAACUUAGGGCAAGGAGCUAACACACCUUCAUCAACUCUACCUAGUUCAGGGGGAGUUGAAGAUGAUCAUCAUAUAUUAACCUUCUUCAUGCACGAUAUCCUUGGCGGUACGAAUCCCUCUGCUCGAGCCGUUACCGGGGCAGUUAACAAUCCAGCUCUCAAUGGCCAACUUCCAUUUGCUAAACCCAAUGGAGCAGUUUUAUCAGUUGGAAAUAAUGUUCCUCAAAGUAAUGGAAACAGUGGUCUAAUUAACAACAACAACCUUCCCUUUCUAAUAGGUCUUGGUGGAGCAACAUCGCCAUUGUUGCAAAACAACAAUGGUGGUGGAAACAACUUCAACGGCCAGAUCGGCUUUCCAUCCGUUAAUGCAGGACAGCUCCCGUCCGGAGUGUCGGUACAACAACUCCUAUUCGGUACGAUGACGGUUAUCGAUGACGAGCUCACGGAAGGACACGAGUUGGGUUCUGGGCUGAUUGGAAAAGCACAAGGGUUUUACGUGGUGAGUUCGGAAGAUGGGAACAGUCAAACAAUGGCAUUCACUACGAUGUUUGAGAGCGGCCAUUACGUGGAUAGCUUAAGCUUCUUUGGCGUUCAUCGGACAGCGGUGUCGGAGUCUCAUUUGGCUAUCAUGGGAGGGACUGGAAAGUAUGUAAAUGCAAGAGGGUAUGCAAAUGUGAAGACUCUUCCGGGCAUCAACCAACAUGAAACAGAUGGAGUUGAGACUUUGCUUCAAUUCACUGUUUACAUCAGUUAUUAAAACUCAAGGGUUGCUUUUAUUAUUGAGUGCGAUUAUGUUUGAAUUCUGUUUGUGAAUUUAUGGUUUGUAAUGAAAGCUUUUAUCAUAAUUAUGAAUCGAACCAAGAUUUGAUA